GAGUUCCUUCCGGUUGGAAUAUUCAGCAGCUGCUCAGCAGGAGGUGAAUGGCGGCCGCGUGGGAGCAGCCCCUCUGGAACGGGAUUGUCACCUCUUUUUAACCCCCUUUCAGCUUGGAACUCCAAUAACCUGAAGAAAGCUUACUAGACCAUCCUGCGGUAAACCGUUGGCCUUGGACAAAAUGGCAGCUGAGCAUGGAAUGCCGUCUGUUUUGGGGGCUGAGUUUCACGCCCCACUAAAACAGGAGGGGCUAUUGGAGAAGGAAGUAGAGAAGCUAGAAGGUAUAGGCCCUAUUUCGAAGCAGGAGCUGGAAGUGACAGGCCCUGGCUUGAUGAAGGAAAUGGGGUUGGUAGGCCCCAGGACAGAAGAGGUAAUGGAAGGGCUGCAGAGUGUUGUCCCAAAGCUGGAGGAAGAAAUGGAGGCACAAGGGCCAGAAGACUCCUUGUUGAGAGUGGAAUGGAAGAAAGCUUCUGGCAUCCCUCAGCCAGAGUGUUCUGGAGAUUCUGAACCAAGAUGGCGAGGCCUAGUUGAACAGGACCACAGCCUCGGGUUUCUUCCACAGAGGGAUGCCAGAGCGUGGCAGGCAGUCACCCACAGAGUAACAUCUCCAGGCUCUGAAAGCAGCAACCCCCAGAUGUUGAAAUCCUCCCACCUGGAAGGUACUCAAAUUGCUCCAGCCUCCUUUGGAAGAGAGACAGAUGGCAACCAGUGUACCUCAGAUGUAUGGGAGACCCCAACCCCACCAGGCCUUGGUGAGGAGGCCCAUAGGAUAGUGGAUUCCUCUGAGAAAAUGAAGGAAGAGGUCCUGGAUGAGGAUAUGGUUGUCUCAGAGAUUCAGCGGCAGCACUUCCGGCAGUUCCGUUUCUGCGAGGCUGAGGGGUCCCGUGAGGCCUGCAGCCGCCUCUGGUUCCUUUGCUGCCGAUGGCUGAAGCCAGAGAGACACACCAAGGAGCAGAUCCUGGAGCUGCUGGUUCUGGAACAAUUCCUGGACAUCCUGCCCCCAGAGAUCCAGAGCUGGGUGAUGGAAGGCUGUCCGAAGACCUGUGCCCAGGCAGUGAUCUUGGCAGAAGGGUUCCAGCCAAGAAAGCAGGCAUCUGAGAGCCAGAAUGAGCAGGUCAAGGUGCUGAUCAAAGAAGGAAUCCCGAAUUUCUCCGAGGCAGAGCGUGCUCCAUUGCAUAGUGAGACCAAGCGGCUGUGCAAAGAGGCCAAUCUGGAAGGUGGUACAAACUUGAUAGCAAGUGAACCGCUGUUGGCUGCAACUGAGGACGAGGGAAGUGAUCAGCGUGGAGGUUCUGACAAGGGGGAAACCAAUGGGGUUCCGAUGGACAGUGCAGAAGAGGAAAGUUCCCCGUGUAAGGAGCAGGCAGAAGCUUCUGGAACUUGGCAAGGGCUGGAGGUUCCUCAGGGGAGUUCCCCAGAUGGAAAAACAGAGAAACUUCACAAAGGUGAGGAGUCUCUUGGGGAAAGUAUGGGCCAACAGAGAAUCCACACAGUAAAGAGUGAGCAUGUGGAGGAUGACAGGAGCUUAGUAGAGAAUUCGGACAUAAUUGAAUUUAAGGUAACCCACACAGGCAACAUGCCCUAUAAAUGUUUGGACUGUGGGAAGAGCUUCAAUUACAGCACCAGCCUUGUCAGACAUCAGAGAAUCCACACAGGGGAAAAACCAUACAAAUGCUUAGACUGCGGGAAGUGCUUCUGCCAAAGUUCGGGCCUUACCAUCCACCAGAGAAUCCAUGCUGGGGAGAAAGCAUAUCAAUGUUUGGAUUGUGGAAAAAGCUUCCGUGUGAAGUCACAUUUGAUCCGUCACUCCAUCAUCCACAAGGGAGAAAAACCAUAUAAAUGUCCUGAAUGUGGGGUUAGCUUCUGCGAAAGAUCAGAACUGAGAAUCCAUCAGAGGAUCCAUACAGGAGAGAAACCAUACAACUGUGCUGACUGUGGGAAAAACUUCUGCCGGAAGGCGGAUCUCACUCUCCAUCAGAGAAUCCACACAGGAGAGAUGCCGUACACAUGCCUAGAAUGUGGUAAAGGCUUCCGCUGGAGCUCGAACCUUAUUACUCAUCAGAAAACCCACACAGGGGUGAAACCAUUUGAGUGUGCUGAGUGCGGGAAAAGCUACUAUUCGAACAUGAGCCUGGUUAGGCACCAGAGAGUCCACACAGGGGGGACCCCAUAUAUCUGUUCGGACUGUGGGAAGAGCUUCUGUGAUAGCACCAGCCUGACCAGGCAUCAGAAGAUCCACACAGGAGAGAAGCCUUACACCUGCACAGACUGCGGGAAAAGCUUCAACCGCAACUCCAACCUCAUUUCCCAUCAAAGGACCCACACAGGAGCAAAGCCGUUUCUGUGUGUUGACUGUGGGAAAAAUUUCCGCUCCAAAUCGGAACUUCACAGGCAUUACACGGUCCAUCUAGGAGAGAAAAGUCUGGGGGGUGGCGCAGAGAUUUCUGCACCUGAAAAAACUAACAGGGAGGAGAAAAAUAACAAUGAACAGGAAGUUAUGAAAGAAUACAGCAUCUGCGCACACCUGGAAAUCAAAGGAGAGGCAGAUGUAGAACAUUGGAGGCCUCCCAGGAUGAAAACAGAGGAACAAAGAAGCUCCAAAGAAGCAGAGGAUUUAAGGGGGGAAAGGAAAACUCCCCUGGUCAUCCAGGCUGGGAGCAUCAAGGAAUUCCUGCAACGAAGACCAGCUCAACAGCUUAAAAAGGAAUCGACUGAGGCACUCCUACAACACUGGGAAACUCAGUGGCAAGAGUUUUUGAAGACAGUGGAGUCUCCACACUCAGGCUGGGGCAUCCCACAGUUGCUAGUGGAGUCCACCCCAUGGGAUGACACUAAAGGAUUUCUGGCCUCCUACGAGCAAGUGGCUGAAGCCUGCCAGUGGCCCAAAGAAGUAUGGGCAACCCGACUCCUGCCAGCCCUCAGUGGAGAAGCUGAGCAGGCCUUUAGCAGACUGGAUCCAAGAGACAGGGAGGAUUAUGGGAAGGUGAAGGCUACCAUUUUGCAGUGGGAUGCCAUUACCAGAGAAAGGAAGCGCCAACAAUUCAGGCGCUUCUGCUACCAGGAGGCUGAGGGGCCGAGGGCAGUUUACAGCCAGCUCCGUGAACUUUGCCAUGGGUGGCUGAAGGCUGAGAAGCAAACAAAGGAGCAGAUCUUGGAGCUGCUUAUUCUGGAGCAAUUCUUGACUGUUCUGCCACAGGAAAUGCAGAACUGGGUCAGGGAAAGUGGCCCAGAGACCUGUUCCCAAGCAGUGGCCCUGGCAGAAGGUUUUUUACUGAGUCAGCAUGUGAUUGAGAGGAAGGAAGAGCAGGUGCCAGCAUUUGAAGAAAAGCCUGGGACCUUCUGUGAGGCAAAGCAGGUGCCAUCAGAUCUUGUGUCACGGCAGGUGUCUAGGGAAGGUGACAGUGCAGGUGUGAGACCACUGGGUAAAGGAUUGAUUAAUACAAGCAAGGAGGACAAGUGUCAGCCAAAAGGUUCUGACCCAGAGGAACCAAUCGUGAUUUCAGAAUGGAGGGCCAAGCAGCCUCUUUCCCAGUGUCCUAAGAAGGAAGGAGAGCCUCCAAGUCAGCGUGGCCCCAAGAGGCACCCAAAAAGUCAACCUGGGGAGGAGGGGAGAAAACCCAUUCCCUUCCAGAGUCCUUCCCUCAGCAAGGCCUUUGGGCAACAGCAGAGCUAUGCGAGGAAGGCAGAUGCCACUUGCAAUAUCAUGGUCCAUGGCUUUACCCAGAGACCGAGCUUUGUCGGCUGUCCCGACUGUGGUAAAGGCUUCAUCGACAAUGCCACCCUGGCUCGGCACCGGAGAAUCCACACCGGAGAGAAACCCUAUAGGUGCUCAGAAUGUGGGAAGAGCUUCAGCCAGAAUGGUACACUGAAGGCGCAUCAGAAAACCCACCUGGGAGUGAAAGCGUUCCAGGGCUCACUGCUCACUAAAAACCAGAGGGUCCAAAUGGGCAACAACCCAUCCAUUGGCUCGGCCAGUGGGGUCACCUUCGGUGCUGGCCCCAGCCUCGUCGCACGUCGGAAGACUCACAUGAUGGGACCGAAGCUGUUUGAGUGCUCAAACUGUGGGAAAGGGUUCAGCCGGAUCGCACACCUCAUUUCUCACGAGAGAAUCCACACAGGAGUGAAGCCCUUUGAAUGCUCGGACUGUGGGAAAAGCUUCACUAGAUCAGCUCCCAAGCGCUAUGCAACUUUUCUUGACAAUGAUAAAAUGGCUACUGAGUGGAAGGAGGCACCCUCUCUGGCUUUCCUGUUUCAACCUGCGGGGUUGCAGCAUCAGGUGAAACAAGAACCAGUUGAUGAAUUACCCUACAUCUGGGGUUCACAGGAGUACCCAAAGGCAGUGCCAAUUCUAAGUGUGGGAUGUGGAGGUUCGAGAUCAUCACUGUGGGGUAAUGGCGACGUCUCCUUUGAGGGCUCAGUUGAUGCCCGCCAGUGGCUCAGAAGGCAAGAGAUCAUGGUAUGCUUGCAAGACCCCAAAGGAGAUACUGAACAGACGAAAGGAGUGGCCUCUAGGAGUCCAGGGCCUGAAGAUGGAGGGGAAUGCAGGACAGUGAAGGAGGAGAUUUCUCAGGAGGAGAUUUCUCAGGAGGAUGCCCCCGAGACACAGCGUCAGCGUUUUAGGGGGUUCUGCUACCACGAUGCCGAGGGGCCACGGGCAGUUUGCAACCGACUUCGAGAACUUUGUCAGCAAUGGCUGCAGCCAGAGAGAAACACCCCAGAGCAGAUCCUGGAACUGCUGAUUUUGGAGCAGUUCCUGGCCAUCCUUCCACCAGAAAUGCAGACCUGGAUCAGAGAGUGCAUCCCAGAGACCUGCUGCCAGGCGGUUGCCCUGGCUGAGGAUUUCCUGCUAAGGCAGCAGGAGACUGAGAGUUGGGGAAAACAGGAGCAGACACAACUGACCUCUCGGAGUCUUCCUGAAGCAGAGCAGACUACAUUCGACAUUGAAGUGGAACAACUUGGCAGGGAUCCCCAACUGGAGGCAGAUGGAGAUGUCAACUCUGUAGGUAUUAGAUUGAUAUGGGAGACUGAGAAGGAGGAGAAGCCAAACCUAGAAAUUUCAAAACAAGUGGAGCCACCUAGGAUGAUCAUGGAAAAGCUUCCUUGGCGUCCAAUGAAAGAUGGGAUGCCUGGAAACAGGCAUAAAGCAGAAAUUGAACCAAGAAAUGCUUCAGAAAAGCAAGAGGGUAACUUUGCUCCUGGUUGGGGAGCUGCCAAGGACUUUGGGGAUGCAAAUGAGGGGACAGUCCUCAAGAAUGAGCUUCAGAGUUCGUAUGUGGUGAGCAAGAAGAGCAUCCAUCAGACAAUGGAAUUUGUCAUGCACGAGAGACUAGAGGCAGACAAAAAGCCAUAUGAAUGUUUGGAAUGUGGGAAGAUAUUUGGUUUAAGAUCCAGGCUUGCAGCACACGAGAGGAGACACACGGGGGAGAGGCCGUACCCCUGUUCACACUGUGGGAAAAGUUUUGGCAUGAGCUCAGAUCUCACCAGGCACUUCCGAAUCCACACAGGGGAGAAGCCAUACAAGUGCUCAGAGUGCGGGAAGUCCUUCCGGCAGAGUUCUUCUUUCACCAGCCACUUAAGAACUCACAUUAGUGAGAAUCUUUUUAAAUGUGCACAGUGUGGGAAAAAUUUUGGCAGGAGUGCAGAGCUGGUCAGGCAUGAAAAGUCCCACAUGGGCGAGAAGCUCCAUAAAUGCUCUGAUUGUGGGAGGAGCUUCUGCCACAGUUCACAGCUCCUGUCCCAUAAGAGAAUUCACACAGGUGAGAAACCAUACAAAUGCCUUGAGUGUGGGAAGAUUUUUAGCAUCCGCUCGCUCCUCAGUGGGCAUCAGAGGAAGCAUUCCGGCGAGAAGCCAUAUAAAUGCUUGGACUGUGGAAAAACAUUCAGCGGGAAAUCCCACCUUAAUAGACACCAGAGAAUCCACACUGGGGAGAAGCCAUUCAAGUGCUCGGUUUGUGGGAAAAGCUUUUGUAUGAGCUCAGACCUUAUUGCUCAUGAGAGAAUCCACACUGGGCACAAGCCCUACGAGUGCCUGGACUGUGGGAAAACCUUUAGUCAGAAGCAGCACUUGACUAGCCACCAAAGGACUCACACGGGAGAGAAACCGUAUGUCUGUUCACACUGUGGCAAAGGCUUCAGUGUGAGCUCCAAUCUCAAUACCCAUGAGCGAACCCACACGGGAGUGAGGCCUUUUAAGUGUUCUGACUGUGGGAAAUCUUUCAGUCAGAAGUCACACCUCAUUGGCCACCAAAGAAUCCACACUGGCGAAAAGCCCUAUUUGUGCAGGGACUGUGGGAAAAGUUUUGGUUCGAGCUCUAACCUUAUGGUCCAUGUGAGAACCCACUGUGGAGAGAAAACUUAAAAGUGUUUGGCAAUGGUUUUUUUGUGGGGUGGGGAACGGAGGGGAAUAUUUUCAGACUUACUGGGUUCAAAUUUACAAGCAGAAAUUUGAAUUUACAUCCUCAUAAGUAGAAUCAGUUUUAUCUUUCCCCUGCCAAUAUUUCUAAUGAAUUUAGGGGGCCAGAUAGGAAGAAAAUCAGAUAUAAAAGUAUUGUGUUCAGUAAACUGAUACUUAACUGAUGUGAAUGAAGAAAAUAAAGAUUUAAGAGCAGUAUUUCC